GGCGAAUGCCGUUUCCCGCAGUGUGCUGACUGUGAUCGGGUUUUUGUGCGGUGCGCAGCGUGAGUGUUUUAGUACCGAGCGGAGAGGAGAUGCACACGGCACUCGAGUGAGGAUACUGUAUGAUAUCCACACAGAAGCAAAGCAUUGCUGAUGAAACACGUGGAUUGGGCACCACAAAACUCACACUAAAUUCCUUAUGUGCGGUGACUUAUUAAUGCAGAUUGGCCCAUACUUACAGAGGUUUCUAAGCGAGGAGAUAAUGAGAGUUCACACACAUACCAGGUUCUGCUUUCUCUGCGUGCUGACCCUCCUGUUUCAUCAGUGCAGUCACUGUCAUGAAGGAGGGACUCACCAUCACCACGAACACAGCCACGGUGAGCGCAACCAUGACCACGACCAUGUCCACAGCGAUCUGCAGAUCUCAGAGACGUCCUGUGAUGGUUUGUCGCACCGGUUAAUGCACGGCAGCCACGGGGAACCUGCAAAGAACGAGCAGCAUUACUACAUUCAGCAGUUGUUCUGUCGGUACGGCAAAAAGGACCGUCUGGACUUUAAAGGCUUCCAGAAUCUGCUGCUAAGCUUAGGGCUGGGAGAAAUACGAGUUGUGGGGCUAGAGCACGAGGAUCUUGGACACGAUCACGUGGCCCACUUGGAUAUUCUAGAAGUUCAGGAAGGCCGGCACUCGCAUUCUGCAGGCCAUUCGCACCCUCACCAGAAAUCCAACGUCUCCCACAAAACCCAACACGAAAAGGAGCAUACCUCUAGUACCGAGGAACCACCUUGUAAACUUGACGCUGGAGCCGCGAGAAUCGGUGACAGCCAACCGGACAAACACAAUCAUCAUCAUGAUGAUGAUGAAAAAGACACAGACAGGCACCCAACUGAAGAUCAUGAUCAUGAACACAGACAUGACAUAGAAAAUCCCCACGAUCAUGACCAUGAGCACACACACUCGCAUACACACGGACAUGACACCGAUGCCCAACUGGAUCAUGACCAUAAAACUAGUGAACAUACUCAUGAAAACAAUGACCUCAGUGAGGACCACAAGCAUGACCACCAUCAUCAUGACCACCACCAUCACAAGCACACCCAUCCUCAUCUCCAGCACGGUUCGGACAGCGGAGCGGCGAGUGGCGGAGAUGAGCAUGAUCACAGCGGUCAGGAGCACAGCCCCGAUAAACAAACAAGAGCGAAGAGAGAGGUGCCAGGAGCAAUCAUGGAUCCAUCCAAUAAAUCACAAGCACAUGGCGUCCUUCACCAACAUGAGGAGUGUUUGAAUUUAACACAGUUGCUGGACCAGUAUGGACUGAAGUCCGAGUCUGUCAUCUCUCCAGUACAGUUUACUUAUUUAUGUCCAGCACUGCUAUAUCAGAUAGACAGACGCCUCUGCAUCCAUCAUUACCAUCAUGUUGAGACUGAAACACUACAGGAAACAUCUUCAGUGUGGAUCUGGAUUUGUGGUUUCGUGUCCAUCACCAUCAUCAGUCUGCUGUCGCUGCUUGGCGUGAUUCUGGUGCCCAUCCUCAACCAGUCCUGCUUUAAGUUUCUUUUGACCUUCCUGGUAGCACUGGCUGUGGGAACCCUAAGCGGUGAUGCUUUACUGCAUCUACUACCUCACUCUCAAGGAGGCCAUGAACACAGUCAUGGAGGCCACACGGAGCAUGAACAGGAGAAUGAUUUUCUGAUCAAGUUUGAUGGUGUUUGGAAAGGACUGACGGCGCUUGCAGGAAUCUACCUCCUCUUUAUUAUUGAACAUUGCAUUGGCAUGUUCAAGCACUGCACAGACCAAAGGGGAAGCAUCUGCCAGAGAAAAAAGAAAGGAGAGCAGACAAAGAUUGGCAGUAAAUUGUCAGACCACCAACUCAACAGGCGUUCAGAUGCCGAGUGGCUCAAUCUAAAACCUCUAACAGAGGGUACUUCAUGUGAAACGGGACACAAUGACACGCAGAUGACGGAGUUGCAGCCUCUAGAUUCAUCUAUCACGAUGCCGCUUGACAUUUCUGAUUCCGAUCACCCCAACAAGGGGGCCACAAAAACACCAGAGGACAGUCUACCAAAGGCAAAGACAAAAAAGCAUGGACACGGACACGGGCAUGGGCAUUCCCACCACGGACACUGCCACUCUGACCAGGAAAUGAAGGAUGCGGGAAUUGCCAGCAUAGCAUGGAUGGUCAUCAUGGGAGACGGCAUGCAUAACUUCAGUGAUGGACUUGCUAUAGGUGCUGCUUUCAGUGCAAACAUCACAGGAGGCAUCAGUACAUCAGUCGCUGUCUUCUGUCAUGAACUGCCCCAUGAACUGGGUGACUUUGCGGUUUUAUUGAAGGCUGGAAUGUCAGUAAAGCAAGCGAUUGUGUAUAACGUCCUCUCAGCCCUCAUGGCAUACGCCGGCAUGGUGAUCGGCACGGCUGUGGGGCAAUACGCACACAACGUCACCAGCUGGAUCUUUGCGGUUACCGCUGGCAUGUUUCUCUAUGUGGCAUUGGUGGAUAUGUUGCCAGAGAUGCUUCACGGUGACAGUGAGGAGCACAAGCGCUGUGAGAUGGGUCACUUCGUCCUGCAGAACUUUGGCAUGCUCACCGGGUUUGGCAUCAUGCUGCUGAUCGCCAUCUUUGAAGAUCAGAUCGUGUUUGACUUUGGCUUCUAGGAAUCGGGGGGAGGCGUCAUUCAUCAGCUACAUUCACACGUGCUUUGCCUUAAAGUGGCUUUGUGAUGGUACAGUCUCAAAAGACGGAAUCAGUGGCUUACCGUGGACAUGCAGAUAAACACGUUUACAUUUGAUCAUCCUGCAUCCCAUUGCUUGAAUUUUUCAGGAUCUCAUCUAGCUGUAGCUGCUGGGCCCUUUUCUCUUGUUCCUUAUUCCUAAACAGACACAUCCACAGCAGAUUUCUGAGAGGCACAGUAUUUGGGUUAUCCCUUUAAUAUAUAUAUAUAGAGAGAGAAUAAUCCUAGAGAGAAGCAGCUAUCUGUUAGUUACCCAUUCAUUUGAGUGUUGAUCCGUGUGACACGUUUGGCCGUUUCAUUCAUCUGUAUUGUAGCUCGCAGUCCAUUUAUGACUGGUGUCUUGUGCUGUGUAUGUCUAGUGUUUCCAUCAUUGCAGUGCCAGGCACAAAACUAUCUGCUAAAGUGGUGCAACAGAGCCCAGCUUUUUUUGUUUGUAAUUUAUUGACACGUACUGGUGGUGAGCGUCAUGUGCCGAGACUAUAGCAAACAAACAACUUUAUUCUCUUUUAAAGAGCCUACUUUCUUACUGGUUUACACAUUGCUGCCGGUAUUGACUACUUGUUUUUUUUUUAUUACACUAUAUAUAUAUAUAUACUGUUCACUGUUAGUGAUGGGAGCAUUUUCAGUCGUAGAGUUUUUUUACUAUUAUCGGUUAGGAUUGUACUAUUGUUUUGGCCAAGUACUAGUAGUAUUUGAAGAAAAUAGUUUAGCAACAGUGUUAUGAGAAAACCUCAGACACUGUGCUGCUGCAAGACCGAACAUAUUCAGAAGGUCAACUUAGACACAGUAACUGAACAAGUCCAGUAUUAACUACUCCAAUGAUGAAGCAUUGUGAUUUUGAAAUGAAGAAGACCUAGCUAACAUAAUAUAGGUACAUCAAGGAAUGAAUUACUUUUUCUUAAAGUCUACUUGAUCAUUGAUAAAUUAGCAUUUCUGACUAUUUGCUUUAUUUAACUGUGGAGUAUUUGCAUAUUCAAAUGUUGUCAUGGCUGUUGACAAUUAAAAAUAUAAAGGUGAGUUUUGGUACAUCAAGGUUACUGUUAGGUGCUGAUCAUGUUCCCAAGAGGAAAUUUGCUACCGACGAUUCUUACUUGGGUUAAACAUGCAGAUAUUUUCAAACACCUUUUUCAGGUUUUUUAUUACAUUUAAUGAACAUGAUUUACAGUACAAAUUUUGGGAGAACCAUCUUUUUUUUUUACUUAAUUUUAAAGCAAUACUCCAGCCAAAUAUAUGUACUCACCCUCAUGCAAUCUGAGAUGCAUAUGUUCAUCAUCUUUCAGACGAACACAAUUAAAUGUUAUUUUAGUAAAUGCCCUUCC